AUGAAGUCACUUGAGUUGCUUACGAUUACAACACUUACGAUAGUUUCGGCACAAACUUAUGGAUUCACGCCUUACUACGGGAUGGGAUAUAAUCCUUUUACCAGUCCAUAUUAUGGCUAUGGUUUGGGUCUCGGGGGUUAUGGUGGGGGUUAUGGCGGAUACGGCGGUGGAUAUGGCGGAUACGGAGGUUAUUAUGGAAGAUAUCCCUAUUCAUCAGGAUAUGGUGGUUAUGGGGGGUCCGGAUAUUAUCCCUACUUCUCCAGGAGUGAUGUAUCCAAGAGUGGAUCAGAUAAUGGCAAGAGUUAAACAAUAAAGCACCUUCAUUAUUGGAAAAAUAUAAUUGAAUAUUAAUGUAUAUUUUAGC